CCCACUUACAGACGGACGGGUGGCGACUUCGGCCCAGUAGUUUUUAUUUGUUUUUAUAGUUUUAGGUAAUCGUGUACAAAAUGAGGUCCUGGUAUCUGCCACUAUUGGCAGUUUUGCUGUGCUGCACAGCCAGGAGUCAAAAGACAUCGAAGGCGAAAGAAGACGAAGCGGUGGAGUGGCUGACGUCACUGUACAAGAAGGAGAUAGGGGUCACGGAAUCCAGUAUCCUGAAUCGGUUCGACGCUGGCAGCGGUGCAGUCAAUCUGAGUCCGAGUAAAACUAACAAAUCCAAAUCUUGUCGGACCGAAAAUAAUGAAGAAGGAAUUUGUACUAAAGCUUCAAACUGCAAUAAAGAGCCGAAGAAGUUGGACACGACUGCAAAUUUUAUUUUAAGGGAGGGAGAAUCUUGCCAUUACUUAGAGGUAUGCUGCCCAGCCGGAAAAGUUCGGUCACUACCAAAGAAACCAGAAGCCGUGAAGGAAGUGGGUUGCGGAUACAGCAACCCUGGGGCCAGCGUGUUCCGAGAGAAGGUGGGCAGCUCAAAAAGUGGUUAUGCUGACUAUGGGGAAUUCCCAUGGAUGGUUGCCUUGUUGAAGUCUGGCCCAGGCGGUUGGAGUGAUCAAAACUAUCUCGGCGGGGGGUCCAUCAUCCACCCGUCUGUGGUCAUGACGGUCGCACACAAAGUCGACACUUCGGAGCCCAGUGAGUUGAAGUGCCGUGCGGGCGAGUGGGACACGCAGACUGAAAACGAAAUAUACAGUCACCAGGAGAGAAACGUCAAGAAGAUUAUCAUUCACGAAGAAUUUUUCAGAGUGCACGUCCACAAUGACAUCGCACUCCUCAUCUUGGAUUCGCCGUACGUCAAGGAGCCCCACGUGGGCGUGGCCUGUCUGAGCCUCACGCUGCCUCCUCCGAGCACUGUCUGCUACAGCAUGGGCUGGGGGGAGGACUUCACCAAGGGCAAGAAGUACGCCAACUUGCUCAAGAAGAUCACAAUGCCACUGGUUGCUCACGACGAGUGUCAGACAAGAUACCGCAAUUCAAAGCUUGGCUCACGCUACACUCUGCAUCGUUCGUUCACGUGUGCAGGCGGGGAGGCCAUGGUUGACACUUGCAUCGGGGACGGGGGCUCUUCGCUUGUAUGUCCAGUAGGGGACCCCGCUGACCUCCGCUACGCCGUGGUGGGUAUGGUGGCAUAUGGGCUGGAGUGCGGCGCAGCCAACAUCCCGGGAGUGUACGUCAAAGUUCCGCAGUUCUUCGACUGGGUAGGCGAGCACAUGGCACGGGAGGGCUUUAACAGGAGCUCUUAUGAAGCCGAUGCGCAGGCGCAGUUCAAGUUGAGAGAUUAAACUGACAGAUUACGAAGAAUAUACAUAAUUUUUUAUUAAUAAUGUGUUUUAUUU